AUGCUCGCCCGCCCGUGGUCGACGCUGCUGCGCGCGCAGGAGCGGCUCGGGCGCACCAACGCCGAGCGCGACGCGCGGCUGAUUGCGCAGCAGCAGCUCGACCGCGACGGCUACAACUUUGAGCCGAUCGGGUCGGUCGAGUCGUGCUUUGCAGACCGCCGCGGCACGCCUCGCCAAGGCGCGCUCGUGCCCGCGUCCAAGGCGCGCAUCCGCCUCGUCACGAGCGUCCCGCCUGCGUCGCUCGAGUGCCUCGACCAGUUCAGCCACGUCUGGGUCCUCUUUGUCUUUCAUGAAAACACCAACGUGUCCAAAGUGGCGGCCAAUAAGAAGACGACGUACCCGGCCAAGAUUGCGCCGCCCCGGCUCGGUGGGAAGAAGGUCGGUCUCUUCUCGACGCGGACGCCGCACCGCCCCAACUCAAUCGGGCUCACGGUCGUCAAGCUCGAUGCAGUCUACGACCGGACGAUCGAGAUCAGCGGCCACGACUUUGUGCACGGCACGCCCAUCUUGGACGUCAAGCCGUACGUGCCGUACGACCGCGUCGACGACCUCGAGUGCCCCGAGUGGGUCAUGGAGCGCCACGACAUUCUGCCGCGACCUGUCGAGUUUGCCGACGAAGCCUUGGCGCAGCUGGAAGCAGCAAUCAACUCCAAGCAGCUCGAGUUUUACCAGAGCGUCGACGAGCUCAAGGACGCGAUCGCGCAGAUCCUCGUGCUCGACAUUCGCAGCGUGCACCAGAAGCGCGGCCAGGCCACCGACGCGCUCUUCUCGUUCCGCCUCGACAAACUCCGUGUUGAGUUUGCGACGCUCGAGGCCAGCAUCCGCGUCGUCCAGUGCGCCAUUGACGCGGAGGCAUCGCUUGCACGUUAA